UUGGCCGGAAUGGUGACGAGUAUAAUAGUCUUGAGUGCUCCACAUCUAACUGGUACAUGUUUUUUUCUGUAUUUGAAUAAUACCUUAUGAUUUAGGGGUAUUUGACUUUUGUAAUUCUACAACGUUGGACAGAAUUUCCUUUAAUGGUUGUUUUCAUAUCCGUAGAGUGCUGCCACUUUAAGUGUGUCGUAUAAUUUGAAUUUUGGUUUUGCUAUGAAGUUGGUUGAAUACCGAAACUCUGAUGCCAGUGGCAUUACUAAUUGAACGCCGUGGUAAUUCGAUAAGGAACUGUUGACAGCUUUUAAUUUUUGGGCUUGUUUUGAUAAGUGAGCAGCCAAAAUGGUUUUGGCAGACCUUGGAAGGAAAAUAACAUCGGCUCUACGUUCUUUGAGCAACGCAACAAUCAUAAAUGAAGAGGUUUUAAAUUCUAUGCUUAAAGAAGUGUGUAAAGCACUGUUGGAAGCAGAUGUGAACAUUAAACUGGUGAAGCAGCUGAGAGAAAAUGUCAACAGCAUCAUGGUGAUGCUGGUUGACCCAGGUGUGAAAGCAUGGAUGCCCACCAAAGGAAAACCAAAUAUUAUAAUGUUUGUUGGUUUGCAGGGAAGCGGUAAAACCACAACCUGCACUAAGUUAGCAUAUUACUAUCAGAGGAAGGGUUGGAAGACGUGUUUAAUAUGUGCAGAUACGUUCAGAGCAGGUGCCUUUGACCAACUUAAACAAAAUGCAACAAAAGCUAGAAUACCUUUUUAUGGAAGUUACACAGAACCAGAUCCUGUAAAUAUUGCUGCAGAUGGAGUUGAAAAAUUCAAAAAUGAAAGCUUUGAGAUAAUAAUUGUUGAUACAAGUGGUCGCCAUAAACAAGAAGAUUCCUUAUUUGAAGAAAUGCUUCAAGUUUCUAAUGCUAUACAACCAGAUAAUAUUGUUUAUGUGAUGGAUGCCUCUAUUGGCCAGGCUUGUGAAGCCCAAGCUAAAGCAUUUAAGGAUAAAGUCGAUGUGGCCUCUGUCAUUGUUACCAAGCUUGAUGGUCAUGCAAAAGGUGGUGGAGCACUUAGUGCGGUUGCUGCUACAAAAAGUCCAAUCAUUUUUAUUGGUACUGGGGAACAUAUAGAUGACUUUGAACCCUUCAAAACCCAACCAUUCAUCAGCAAACUUCUUGGUAUGGGUGAUAUUGAAGGUUUGAUAGACAAAGUCAAUGAGCUCAAGUUAGAUGACAAUGAAGAACUAAUAGAUAAGCUUAAACAUGGUCAGUUUACAUUGAGAGAUAUGUAUGAACAAUUUCAAAACAUCAUGAAAAUGGGGCCUUUCAGUCAGAUCUUGGGUAUGAUCCCUGGUUUUGGUACAGAUUUCAUGAGUAAAGGCAAUGAACAAGAAUCAAUGGCAAGACUAAAGAAAUUAAUGACAAUAAUGGACAGCAUGAAUGACCAAGAACUUGACAAUAAAGAUGGUGCCAAGCUUUUCAGUAAACAGCCUGGUAGGAUACAGAGAGUGGCACGUGGAGCUGGAGUUUCUACAAGAGACGUGCAAGAACUUCUAACACAAUAUACAAAAUUUGCACAAAUGGUGAAAAAAAUGGGUGGCAUAAAAGGACUUUUCAAAGGUGGUGAUAUGUCCAAGAAUGUCAACCCAUCACAGAUGGCAAAACUUAACCAGCAAAUGGCCAAAAUGAUGGAUCCCAGAGUGCUUCACCACAUGGGUGGUAUGGCAGGCCUCCAGUCAAUGAUGAGGCAGUUUCAACAAGGAGCUGCUGGAAACAUGAAAGGAAUGAUGGGAUUUAAUAACAUGUAAAUUAUUGUUUGGAACUGCCUUUGUUCUAUUCAUGUCACUAAGGCUUGCUGAAAGUGCAAAGUUCCAUGGCAUUUUACCUUGAAGACCAUCAUAAAGAGGACUUCCCUGUUUUAAUUAUUGUCAGACAUCUCAGAAAUGUUCCCCUCCAGGCUAAGUUGAAGUACUAUUUUAAGGUUUUGAUCUUUUCACAUAAAUCAGCUUACAUUAGGUGGAUGUUUUAUCAGAGUGUAAGGUGUUCUUUAAAGACAAGCACAUUUAUCAAAACUGGACUGUGACUAGACACGAUGGCUUUAAAUACAUUUUUAGUAACAAUAAAGAAAGUUUAUGAACAAGACUGUGUGUUUUAAACAGUAUAAGAAAACUCUCAUGUAAAAUAAAUUUGCAAAGUCU